UCUACUUAGACUUAACCUCCGUUUGUAAAUGCAGCUCACGGUGGCUGGAGCAACUGGUCCGACUAUGAGCUGUACGAGGAGUGCCCAGUGAUGUGCGGUGGCAGCACUGGCAUGGCCUUCAAGACACGAUCAUGCACCAACCCAGCUCCCAGGAACGGCGGCAACGAAUGUGAUGGAGAGGACACCCAGGAGAUGGUCAUCCCCUGCAACACUGACGUCUGUGGAGACCGAUGCCCAACUGACUCUGUCAAAUACCACGCCCACCCAACUGUCCCACACAACUACUACCAGUGCGAUCCCGGCCACAAGAAGGCUUUCCUGAAGAACUGCACAGACGGAACCGUCUUCAACGUCGAACGCCACACCUGCGUCCACGCUAAUGCACAACACGGAGAUUGCUUCCACGGUCAGAUGGCGGCCCAUCCCACAGAGUGCGGCAAGUUCUUGUCUUGCGUUCACGGCCAGAUGAAUGAGAUGCCCUGCCCAGGUGGACUCCACUACAACAGGGUGACCAAGACCUGCGACUGGCCAUCAAAGGCUAACUGCGAGUCCCAGUAAAUCUCUGUAUCUUGAGCAAUGGAAUAAAUGGAAAGCAAAUUUCA